ACAACUCGGGCAGACACAGCAGCUGGCUGUCAGCAUCAGGGAUAAGAACAGUUGAGCAAGGAAAGAGAAUACAGAAAGGGUCAAAAUGGGAGGAGAGCUGACAUGAAACGAAGACAACAGAAGGGAAAACACAAAGGACAAACAUCUAAUCGUGCUGCAACACUGGGCAGGAUGUCUCACAAGGACUUUCAGAAUGAACUCUACACUAUUGGUGAAAAGUUACUGAUCAAGUUCCAGAAACUACCAAAGGCAGAUACAUUGGAGAUUGCAUUCUUUUUUGUCAUUGUCUUGUUCAUCGCUACAAUAAUUGUCAUGAUGAUCAUAGCCUGUAGCUAUUGCUGCUUCAACUGCGGUAAUGGGAGCCCGGACCCAAAGGGCAGGAAGACCCGUGUUGGGCCAGUAGCCCAUGAGUGAGAGUGCAUUUCAAAAGGAACGUGGAAAUUCUGAGGAAUGACUAGGAAGACUGCUAUCCGCCACCACAGGAAAAAACUUGCACAGCAGUUGACUGACAAGAUGGUAAAAAGGUGGACGGCAAACACCAAGAGGGAUCCUACGUCGACUAGAAUUUGGUGUCACAGCCACUGCAUGACAAUAUAAUGACGUCAUGGAGUCCGCAGUAUUGGUCUCUCUGCCUUUGGCGGACAUUUUACUAUCGAAAAACUAAGCUUGCCAUAGCUUGCCUGGAUAUGGAUCCCGACAUAUAACCAAAAAGAGCAAAAGCAAAAGCCAUGAACCAUCUUAAGGAAGCUUCCACAGCUGGUACAAAACAUAAGAGGAUGUAGGGAGAUCCUGGGUAGCAGGACGUCCCAGUCUGAGCUCCAAGCGACAUGCAAGUACUUAGCACUUGACAGAACAACUACACCAUUUCCUUUUUCCUGGCCAACCGUCUAUAGCCAUAAGAUGUCUGACUAAGUAAUCCGUUCAGAAGAUGAUGCCGCUUUGCCGGAAACAUAUGAGUUCAGAGACGUGGAAGCCGGGUGGCAACAAAGCCCCCAGCAACGUGACAACUGCCAAAGAAAACAAUCUAUAAUGCAGAGCGACUGUCUGCGUAGGGAAGAGGGUCUCCACAACAGUGGGGGGUUUCAUUUGUCUACUUUGCAGUGAUUGUUAAUAAGUAAAAAGAAAAUGUUUUAUUUCAUCUUCCAUUCACAGCAUCUGCUGUAUCUUCUGUUAUAAGCAUUCAGUAUAAUGAAAGGGGAUCGACAGAUAGCCCAUUCUUGUGUGGUUAAAAUCUGCAGCUAUACUGUCUCUGAAAAAAAAGUAUUUUCCUAUUAAUAGUUUAUAUUUGAGGCAGCAAAAUACCCCAGGUUUAAAGCUGCUGCAUUUGGAGGGCUCAAAAGAAGAAAAGAAAAAAAGCAAGGGGCAGGACAAACCCUCUUUCACAAUCUCUGUCGGAAGCUACUCAGCACAAGGGACCCUAAAAAGGAAGGGCUUAGCUCUUUGGCCCAUUCACUUGUGUGGGUAUUUCACAAGCAGAAAGAGAUGCGAGAGGCAACAACGAGGGCAGUGUUAAUUGAGAAAAUGUGCAGAACAGCUGUUCGGUGGAAUUAUGGCAAACGGUAAAGCAAAAGCAUAGCCAAAGAACGAAUAGUAAAGUUUAUAACUGUAAGUAAAUUUCUUCCAGAAAGACGGCCCUUGUGUAUGUUGCAUUUCUCUUUUAGUGAGCUUCAAAGAAGCAACAACUGAGCUUGAUAUUUGUAAUGACAAACAAAAAAGGCAGGAAGAGGAACUGUUGCAACAAAAAGUCUAUUAAAUGAUAUUCCUUUCA